GACGACGACGAAUUGUCAUUCAUGGAAGGCGACCGCAUUUUCCAGGUCCAACAAAUUGACGAAGGCUGGUGGUUGGGCGUGAAUGCUCAAGGUCAACAAGGUCUUUUCCCGGCCAACUAUGUCGAACUGAUGGCCUGA